AUGGUUGGUGUUAGACAAAGGUUUCAAGAUGUGGGAUCAGUCAACAGUAAUCAAAAUGAUAAUUAUGCUGAUAGACCACCUAGAACUCCAUCCCCAGGUACAGUUGAGUACCCUGCAUAUCAAGAGAUGAGGGUUUCACAUUCAACUUCAAGUUUACAAAGAGCUCCAUUUUCAAAUGGAUAUCAUAGAGCAUCAUAUAGAAGCUUAAGUGCAUUGGAUAUAGAACCAAUACCAUCAACAGAAGAACGUGUACCCUCAUAUGAAGAAAUUAUGAAUCAAGAUCAACAAAAUUUGGAAUCAAGAAGGAACUCUCACGAUGAACAACCAUUAUCAGAACAACGUACAAGUAUUUCAAAUGAAAGACGAAGUUUAAAAAUUUUAGGUUUAAACUUUUUAAAUGCUAAACAACAUUUUGCGUUAGCUAUAUGUCGUGAUUCAGUGCUAAUACCAUCAUUAUAUAAUGCUUUUAAAUGUUUUAAAAAUUGUUAUCAUUCAACUAAAGCACUUACAGAAGGUUAUGAAAGUCAAGCAUUAUCCAUAUUAAAAAGACCUUCAUCAUCAGAGGAAUUCAUUGCAGGUAUAUGGUGUGUUGUUGCAGCUUAUUUAUCUUUUGCAGUAAUUGAUGGAUUAAUGGUUAGAUGGAUUGUUACUUAUCAAACAGGUGCAGCUAUUUUAAGAGUAUUAGCUUUAUCAAUGUUAUUAAUAACUAUGGAACAAGCUACAUUAGCAAUUUUAAGUCCCGAUGGGUUUUAUUUAUUACAUACAUGGGUCUUAAUUUCAUGUAUAUUGACAGGUGCUUAUAUCAUUCAAAAUUUUGUUACAAGUAAUUUAGAUUUAAAAAAUGGUAAUAAACCAAGAAGUGUUGAUUAUUAUAACAUCACAGUGUUUGCAGUGGUACCCAUUGGAAUUGCAAGUUUUAUAUCAAUGAUUGCAUUAUUAAGAAUAUUAUUGAUUUUAAGAUUAGAUUUGGAGAGGGAGAAGUAUGGACUUCGAUUUUGA